AUGUCGAUCAAAACUGUGUUUUCUCUUCUAGUGGUUAUAUUAUGCACCGCAGUCUCAGUUAAUGCUCAAUUACCGCAUUUUCCGUUCCCUUUUCCGUUUCCAAAUCUAUUUCAACCGAGUCCUGGUGUGCCUGGAAUUCCGGGGUUCCCAUUUCCGUUUCCAAAUCCAUUUCAGCCGAGUCCCGGUAUGCCAGGAAUUCCAAAGUUCCCCUUUCUGUUUCCAAAUCCAUUUCAACCGAGUCCCGGUAUGCCAGUAAUUCCAAAAUUUCCCUUUCCAUUUCCAAAUCCAUUUCAACCGAGUCCCGGUAUGCCAGGAAUUCCAAAGUUCCCUUUUCCGUUUCCAAAUCCAUUUCCACCAAGUCCUAGUAUACCAGGAAUUCUGCAACCGUCCCAAGCAAUGCCAAGGAUGCAAGACAUAGUCGUGACCAAAUGUUGGUCAACAGUUAUGAAUAUGCCAGGAUGCUUUGCGGAGAUGAGACAAGCCGUGAUGACCGACAAAUUUAGCAGCAUAGGUCCAGUUUGUUGUAAAGAUUUUCUGGAUGUUGAAGCUAACUGCACACCGAAUCUUCCCAUAAACCUGUUUUUCCCACCUAUGCUAAAACAACAAUGCGUCAAAAGUGCUGGUCCUCCAACCACCGCACCCUAG